ACACAAACAUAGGUUCUUUUCGAUUUCCCAACGGAAUUUUCGCGAACUCUCUCUCUCCUCGAAAAACAAAACGCAAACUCAACAACAACAACAACAACAACUACUACAACAAAAACAUAGUACAACAAUUCUUAACAACGGUUUUUCUUUGGUUCUGUUAGGUGUGGUUCACCUUCCUAGAGUUUCGGGUUCUUUUGUGUGUGUUUUCCUUUACUCAAAGAAAACCCAAUAUAUACACGUAAAUAAAAUUUUGGUUUCUGUGGAGUCGAAGCAAAGCGCGGCAAUGCCGUACAAGUUUUAACUCGACCACGUUUUUUUCGAUCUGUUUUGUUCUUCUUUUACAAGACCUUUAUUUGUGGCUCUUCAACAUUCUUAUCGAUUCCAAAAUCGUUCGGAAUUACACACAAAGCCAUAUCACAGAUUUGUGCAGAGUUUAUUUAAGCAGGAAAGAAAAGAAGACUACAUCUAAAUUUUGCACACAAAAACCUGAAUCAGAUGUGCGAAGGUUGCUGACAUAGCAAAAGGAGAUGAAUGUUUCUGCUUUUCUUACCUCUGUAGGAAUUAAUACAGGUUUGUGUGCGGUCCUUUUAAUGCUAUAUUCCAUAUUAAGAAAACAACCAAGCAAUGUAAAUGUGUACUUUGGACGGAGGCUUGCUUCCAUGCACUCGACACACAGUAAUCCUUUUUCCCUUGAGAGGUUUGUUCCUUCCCCUAGUUGGAUAGUGAAAGCUUGGAAAACAAAUGAAGAAGAAAUAUUGGGUAUUGGUGGCAUGGAUGCUGUGGUUUUUCUCAGGAUGGUUGUUUUCAGUAUUCGAAUCUUUUCUAUUGCUUUUGUCAUUUGCUUUCUUCUAGUGCUUCCGGUGAAUUAUUAUGGGAAAGAAGCAAUUCAUCACAAGCGAAUCUCUUCAGAGCAAAUGGAAGUAUUUACCAUUGAGAAUGUUAAGGAAGGUUCAAGGUGGCUUUGGACUCAUUGUCUCGCAUUAUACAUUAUAACCUGCUCAGCUUGCAUUCUUCUUUACUUUGAGUACAAGAGCAUUUCCCAGAUGAGACUAGCACAUAUUACUGGAUCUCCAACUAAUCCAAGUCAUUUUACAGUUCUUGUCCGUGCCCUCCCCUGGUCGUCAGAGGAAUCUUACAGUGAUUCUGUGAAAAGAUUUUUCACAAAUUAUCAUGCAUCAAACUACUUGUCACACCAAAUGGUGUACCGGUCUGGUAGAGUUCAGAAACUGAUGACUGAUGCAGAGAAGAUGUACAUGGUUAUUAAGGCUGCUUCUAUUGAACAGAACUGCAAGCCAAGUUUAAUGCAACAUGGUCUUUGUGGACAGCAUGCAGAUUCUUUUAACAUCCUUCCUAGCGAGGAUGGUAGUGUUAGUGGGAAAUCUGUUGUUAAUAUGGAUAUGGGUAAAAGCACAAAGGAGAGUGCAGCUGCUUUUGUUUUUUUCAAGACUCGCUAUGCUGCUCUCGUUGCUGCACAGGUUCUUCAAUUUUCAAAUCCCAUGUUAUGGGUAACAAACUUGGCUCCAGAGCCACAUGAUGUUUAUUGGUCAAACCUUUGUAUACCAUACAAACAACUUUGGAUCCGUAAGAUAGGAACACUUGUGGCUACUAUUGCCUUCAUGUUUGUGUUUCUUAUUCCUGUAACACUUGUUCAAGGUUUGACUCAACUAGAUCAGCUACAACAAACAUUUCCAUUCUUGAGAGGACUUCUGAAGAAGAAGUAUAUGAGUCAGCUGGUAACAGGUUACCUUCCAAGUGUAGUUUUGAUUUUAGCUCUGUAUAUUGUACCACCAGUCAUGAUGCUAUUUUCAGCAGUAGAGGGGUCUAUUUCCCGCAGUGGGAGAAAAAGGAGUGCAUGCUGCAAAGUCUUGUACUUCACAAUUUGGAAUGUCUUUUUUGUUAAUGUUUUUACUGGCUCUGUUAUCAGCCAAUUGAACGUCUUUUCUAGUGUGAAAGACAUACCUACACAACUUGCCAAAGCGGUUCCUAGACAGGUUACCUUCUUCACGACUUAUGUUUUAUCAUCUGGUUGGGCAAGUUUGGCUUGUGAAGUGAUGCAAGUCUUUGCCCUUUCCUGCAACUUGUUUAAAAGAUUCGUACUUAGAAAAAAGGAUGAUUCAUCCAGUGGCACCUUGUCUUUCCCAUACCAUACAGAAGUCCCACGACUCCUCUUGUUUGGAUUCCUUGGCUUUACAUGUUCCAUCUUGGCACCCUUAAUAGUGCCCUUCUUGUGGGUCUACUUUGUACUUGCUUAUUUUGUCUAUCGAAAUCAGAUACUCAAUGUAUAUGUUUCAAAAUAUGAAACCGGGGGACAGUUAUGGCCCGUUGUUCACAACACAACAAUCUUUUCAUUGGUACUAUCACAAAUAAUCGCUCUUGGGGUUUUUGGAAUUAAACGAUCACCAGUGGCUUCAGGCUUCACAUUUCCAUUGAUUAUCUGCACUCUUCUAUUCAAUGAGUAUUGUAGGCAGCGAUUUCUCCCAAUAUUUAAGACCAAUGCUGCAGAGAUUCUUAUUGAGAUGGAUCGGAAAGAUGAGCAGAGUGGAAAAAUGGAAGAGAUUCAUCGACAGUUGCGUGCAGCUUAUUACCAGUUCACAGUAGCUUCUCAUGAAUUGUGUAAAUUUGAAUGCUUGAGUCAUGGGGCCAAAAAAAGCAGCCCAGAUCCAAAAAAUGUGAAGCCAGGUAAUGAACCAAGACAACAAAAUGGGUCACAAACCGUUCAUUGCAAUUUGGAUGUAGAAAAAAGCAGCCCAGAUCCAAAAAAUGUGAAGCCAGGUAAUGAACCAAGACAACAAAAUGGUUCACAAACUGUUCAUUGCAAUUUGGAUGUAGAAGAAAACAGAAUGAAGUAAAUUGAGCUCAUGCUUCUGUACAUAAUUAAUUUGUCAUAUAUGCACAUUUCAUUCAUCACAAACAAGUGCCACAAAAUUAUGCUUUUGAAAGGCCUUGUACAGAUUACAAAAAUAGUGUUGGGACAUUUGACAGCAAAAGACAUAGCUUGACCAGCAUACAGAUCAGUUUUUUGUUUUCUUCAUUUUUGGCUCAAAAUGUUUCCUGUGAUCCCAAAUUUUCUGUAUGGGCAAGGAAAUGAUGGGGAAAACAACUUUUCUAUGAUGUCAUCAUGUAUUUUUAUAGUUGUGUUCAAAUACAAAUAAAAAAAAAAAGAAAAGAAAAAAGUUUUACA